UCUUUCGACCGAUCAGAACAACUUUUUUUUUUUUUUCAUUGUGUUACAAGUUACCAGCUACAACCAACGAUCUGCUUGAUGAGUGAUGACCCCUCUGGUUUCUGGAGUCCUUCCCUUUUAGGUGUCGCACAAGUCAACUGUUCAGUAGCAGACAAUUCUACCAGGAAGGAAGGAAGGAAGUAGAUAGAAAAAUGAAGCAGCAUCACAAAUUGACGCUGGUACUGUGCGGGAUAUGGGUUUUCACUCUGCUCUACGGCGAGAUGUUUGCCUUCUGGCUUCCAUUUCAAUCCUCUUGUUCCUGGCCUCAUCUUUCCUCUCCUCCUACUUCUACCAUAAAUGGGGUUCAAUCUCCCUCGGAUUAUGUUAAGGUUGCUGUCGUAACAGACCAACAGCUAAUGGACAAAACCUCCAUUGGUCUACCUCCAAAAUCAUUUCUUUUGGAGACUGUGAAGUUCUAUGCUGAUUUAUACAUGCGCCGCGCAUUCUUUGCAUCUAUCCUCCCUUUCAAACCCAAUGUCGUCUUGUUUCUCGGCGAUUCCUUUGAUGGGGGGCCUUUUUUAUCAGAUGAAGAAUGGCAGGAAUCUUUACAUCGAUUUAAACACAUUUUUGGGCUGAAUGACGAUGGAAUACUUAGAAACAUCAAGGUUUACUUCAUUCCUGGAAACCAUGAUAUCGGCUAUGCAAGUAUCAGCUCUCAUAACCCAAAGGUGGUUGAGCGCUAUGAGGGAGAAUUUGGGAUCAGAAACCACCGGUUUACAAUUGGAAAAGUGGAGUUUGUUGCGGUUGAUUCCCAAACUCUAGAUGGGCAGCCGCAAGGGAAUCUGGCAUCAAUGUCUUGGGAGUUCAUAAAAAAUGCCUCCAUCGAUGUUCAAUUACUUCCAAGGGUAUUGUUGAGCCAUAUUCCCCUGUAUCGGCGGGAUUAUACUUAUUGUGGUCCUCAUCGUAGUUCCCCGAUCAUCAAUCAGCGGAUCUCACAUUCUGCUCACAAUCAUGAAAUUGUGUAUCAGAAUUAUCUUACCGAGGAAUCUUCAAACCAAUUGCUGGAAAUGAUCAAACCUGCACUCGUUUUAUCUGGCCAUGAUCAUGACCAGUGCUCAGUGACCCAUGAGUCAAAAUUUGGGCCAGUAAAGGAGCACACUGUAGGGACAUUAAGUUGGCAGAUGGGAAAUUUGUAUCCCUCUUUCAUGCUGUUAUCUGCUACUAACUCUGCAAGUUCCAAUAUAUCCGCCCCAGAAGCAGCAGUGAUGACUCAGCUGUGCUUUCUUCCAAUGCAAACACACAUCUACAUAUGGUAUCUUUCCCUCUUUGCUCUGACCCUUCUUACUCUCCUCUUGUGGCCAACAAGUGGCGUGGAUUUUGGGCAUCACUUAAGUGAUUUAAUGGCAUCUAUCAGACUAUAUAGCAGCAUGUUCAAAGGGACCAAAGAGAAAACUGAAGAUGAGGAUUGUGAAUAUGAGAUGAUGUGGGAUGCAGAAGGAUCGAUGCACCUUGUAAAGAAAGCACGCGACACCCCUCUUCUACAUCCAAGCGAUAAAGCUUCAGUGGAAAGGGGUAAUGCUGUGAUGCGCCCAACUGCAAGAAAAAAUGCUCCUCGGAACAUGGAAGUUUCUAUGAACAUAGACAUAAAUGCAGAUACUGGAUUUGAUAAACUAUCACAUAGAACCAGCAAAUCAAAGACAAAAAUCAUUAUCCACAGACUAGUGAGGACAUUCCAAAUGGUCACAGUCAUUGCUACUGUAAAUGUACCUCUCUACAUGAUGUUACUCUUCAAGGAUUGGAUCGACAAGUGAUGAUAGACAAGAACAUAUUCAUGGAAAGAUUAAAUUUAUUUCAGUUGUUACUCCUUGCAUAUGAGGAGGGAUGAAAUUGCCGAAGUUAGCUCCUACUAUAAGUUGGUUUUACCCAGUGCACUGAUCUGAUACGUUUUGAUGUUUCUAGAUUUUGUCAUAGCUGAUAAUAGGAUGAGUCCCUCACAACGACGAGCUUAGGGAGGGUUGAGAAGACCUCUAGUGUGGGGCCUCCAGCAAAACACCUGUACAAUUUUUUCAGUAUUAUCUUCAGAGAGUAGAAAAUUCUUCA